ACUGCGCUCCGCCCUAUGUGUAUAUCCGGGUGACUACCAUUGCGGAGAAGACGGGGAGGGGUGGCUCCAAAAACAAGAGAUAAGGAGGCUUUGGCUUUACCUUUCUUAAAGUUAAAACUGAGGAAAACACAGAUCGGAUUAAAAAAUCGAAUCAAAACACGACGCCGUAAUUCCACCCUGCCAGGAAUUUAGACCCGCCUCUUCGCCCUUAUUGGUCAAAAGCGUCACCCGCGUCCCUGCGAUUGGCCAGCUCGGCGGCCCACCGCGUCCAAUGGGCGUCAGCGCCGGCUUUCCCGCGGUGGUUUGCUAACCCAGUGAGUCCGGGCGGUGCGGCAGUUGGGGCGUGUAACGGUCGCCCGACUCCGGUGCGACGAUGGCGACCUUGGGGCCGGGAGGCUACGCGAGGAACGAUGCCGUCGAGAAACUGCCAUCCGUCAUGGCGGGAGUUCCUGCGAGAAGGACUCAGUCCUCGCCGCCCCCCGCGCCUCCCCUCUGCCUCAGGCGGCGGACGCGACUCUCGGCAGCGCCCGAGGACACGGCACAGCACCGGGUAUCACUUGAGAAGGUGCUUGGCAUCACAGCACAGAACAGCAGUGGCCUAACCUGCGACCCCAAUACAGGCCAUGUGGCCUACCUGGCAGGCUGUGUUGUGGUGAUUUUGAACCCCAAGGAGAACAAGCAGCAGCACAUUUUCAAUACUGCCAGGAAAUCUCUGAGCGCUCUCGCCUUCUCGCCUGAUGGCAAGUACAUAGUGACAGGGGAGAACGGGCAUAGGCCUGCUGUGCGCAUUUGGGACGUGGAUGAGAAGUGUCAGAUGGCAGAGAUGCUGGGCCACAAGUACGGCGUGGCCUGCGUGGCCUUCUCCCCCAAUAUGAAGCACAUCGUGUCCAUGGGCUACCAGCACGACAUGGUCCUCAACGUCUGGGACUGGAAGAAAGACAUUGUGGUGGCUUCCAACAAGGUAUCAUGCAGGGUCAUUGCCCUCUCAUUCUCAGAAGACAGCAGUUAUUUUGUCACUGUUGGGAACCGACAUGUGAGGUUCUGGUUCCUGGAUGUCUCUACUGAAGCAAAGGUGACGGCCACAGUACCCCUUGUAGGGCGCUCAGGCAUCUUGGGUGAGCUGCACAACAACAUCUUCUGUGGUGUGGCUUGUGGCCGGGGCCAGAUGGCAGGCAGUACCUUCUGUGUCUCCUAUUCGGGUCUCCUCUGCCAGUUCAAUGAGAAGAGGGUGCUGGAGAAGUGGAUCAACCUAAAGGUCUCCCUGUCGUCCUGCCUCUGUGUCAGCCAGGAGCUCAUUUUCUGUGGCUGCACAGAUGGAAUAGUGCGCAUCUUCCAGGCCCACAAUCUGCACUACCUUGCCAACCUGCCCAAGCCUCACUACCUCGGAGUGGAUGUGUCCCAGGGCUUAGAACACAGUUUCCUUCUCCACAGGAAGACAGAAGCAGUCUAUCCAGACACUGUGGCAAUGACCUUCGACCCCAUCCACCAGAGGCUGUCAUGUGUGUAUAAGGACCACAGCAUCUACGUAUGGGAUGUCAAAGAUAUCAACAAAGUAUGCAAGAUAUGGUCAGAGCUCUUCCACAGCUCCUACGUCUGGAAUGUGGAGGUAUAUCCUGAGUUUGAAGAUCAGAGAGCUUGUCUACCAUCAGGAUCUUUUCUGACUUGUUCCUCAGACAACACCAUUCGCUUCUGGAACAUGGAUAACAGCCCUAACUCUCAAUGGCAGAAAAAUAUCUUCAGUAAUACCCUGCUGAAGGUGGUGUAUGUGGAGAAUGACAUCCAGCACCUUCAAGACAUGUCACACUUUCCAGACCGGGGGAGUGAGAACGGGACACCCAUGGAUGUGAAAGCCGGGGUGCGAGUCAUGCAGGUCAGUCCUGAUGGCCAACACUUGGCUUCAGGCGACCGAAGUGGAAAUCUGAGGAUCCAUGAGCUACACUUCAUGGAUGAGCUGGUCAAGGUGGAAGCUCACGAUGCUGAGGUACUGUGCCUGGAGUACUCCAAACCUGAGACAGGGCUGACUUUGCUGGCAUCGGCCAGUCGGGACCGACUGAUCCAUGUGCUGAACGUGGAAAAGAACUACAACCUGGAGCAGACCCUGGAUGACCAUUCCUCCUCCAUCACAGCCAUCAAGUUUGCUGGCAACAGAGACAUCCAGAUGAUCAGUUGUGGGGCCGACAAGAGCAUCUACUUUCGCAGUGCCCAACGGGCUUCAGAUGGACUACACUUUGUCCGAACUCACCAUGUGGCAGAGAAGACCACUUUGUAUGACAUGGACAUUGAUAUAACCCAGAAGUACGUAGCUGUGGCCUGCCAGGACCGCAAUGUGAGAGUCUACAACACUAUGAAUGGCAAACAGAAGAAGUGCUAUAAGGGCUCUCAGGGUGAUGAAGGGUCUCUGCUAAAGGUCCAUGUGGACCCCUCAGGUACCUUUCUGGCUACAAGCUGCUCUGACAAAAGCAUCUCAGUGAUUGACUUCUACUCAGGCGAAUGCAUUGCCAAGAUGUUCGGCCACUCAGAAAUUGUCACUGGCAUGAAAUUCACCUAUGACUGUCGUCAUUUGAUCACAGUAUCUGGAGACAGCUGUGUGUUCAUCUGGCACCUGGGCCCAGAAAUAACCAACUGCAUGAAGCAGCACUUGCUGGAGAUUGACCACCGGGAGCAGAGGCAGCAGAAUGUGAAGGACCAGAAGUGGAGCAGCCAGCCCAGGUCCUGCCAGCCACCUGUCCAUCCCAUCUCUACCCAUUUGCUAAGGAAGGAGACGUAUAUAACCAUGCCCUUAGAGAUCUGCUCCCUAAGCCCUGGGGAGCAGACUGAGGAUGAGUUGGAGGAAGAGUGUGAACCUGAAGAGUUGCUGAAGACACCAUCCAAAGAGAGCUUGGAUCCAGAUCCUCAGUGCCUACUGACCAAUGGCAAGCUACCACUGUGGGCAAAGCGGCUGCUAGGAGACGAUGAUGUGGCAGAUGGUUCCGCUUUCCACACCAAGCGCAGCUACCAGCCACAUGGCCGCUGGGCAGAGCGGGCUGACCAGGAACCCCUCAAAACCAUCCUGGAUGUGCGGGACCUUGACUGCUACUUUACCCCUAUGAAGCCUGAGAGUCUGGAGGAGUCCAUUCUGGAUACAGUGGAGCCACAGAACCUGGUCGGCCUCCUGAAUGAGUCAGAGAGUCCCCAGGAAAACAACUGUGGGCAUCCCUCCUUCCAGCCCCUGCAGAGGGAGUCUUCUGAGGCCAGUGAGCUCAUCCUUUACUCCCUGGAGACAGAGGUGACAGUCACAGGGACAGACAGCAAGUACUGUGAGAAAGAGAUUGAGGAGGUACCUGGAGACCAGUACCAUGAUGCCUCCCCUAGGGCCUCCUCUGUCGACUCAAAGGAUCAGAGUCUACCUGGGGACUCAGGGGAGUCAGAGGCCGACUUGGAGUGUAGCUUCACCACCAUCCAUUCCUCCCCUCCACUGCCGGACCCAGGCACUCAGUUUGAUAUGGCGAUGUCCCCCACAACAGGAUGCCCAAAUACCACGGAAGAGUUGUCCCGGCCUGAGGUGCCAAGCAUACCCAGCAGCUCCCUGCCCCAGACACCUGAACAGGAGAAGUUCCUCCGCCACCACUUUGAGACGCUUACUGACACCCACCCUGAAGAACUCUUCCUUGGAUCACUGCAAGACUUGAAGACCUCUGAUGCUGAGGAUGACUUCUUCAAUCCCCGGUUGAGCAUUUCGGCCCAGUUCCUCUCUCGCCUCCAGAAGACAUCCACGUUCACCCACGCCUUCCCACCUCGGCUGCCCCUACACCUCAUGACGUCCCCAGAGGUGAAACUUGUGGAACAUGGCGGCAGCCAGCCCAGAACAGAUCCUCUGAGAGCAGGUACUGGCUGUGCCUCCCCAGGCAGGACCAAUGUUCCAUCUGGGGGUAAGGCUGAGGAUCACCUUGAGACCCUGGAGUCCUGGCACCCGCUGACCCCCAGCCUCACAGGUAUGGUGUCCUGUGCCCCCUCCUCCUCGGCGCUGCCCACAGACAGGAAGCCUCCGACACCCACUACUGUUUGCACAUCAGGCCUGCCUCAGGACAUCCACACUUCUCUCACCUGUUCCUACGUGGAGGCCACUGCCAGCUCCCGUGCUAAGAUGUCACACAACAUGUCCCUCAGUGACAGUGAGGGCCCAAUUCCAGUUGAGUUGGCAGUGCCCCUCCGUACACCCUCAUCUGUAGGGGAGCUGGCCUCCCUGACCCAGGAGCUCCAAGCCGUCACCGCCCCAGCAACACCUGACUCUGACUGCAAAGGCCAAGAGCCUGCCCCACCCUCCUGGGGAAACCAUGAGGCCCGUGCCAACCUGAAACUCACCUUGUCAAGUGUCUGUGACAGACUCGUGCCACCUCCUCCCCCACUGGAGCCAUCAGCCACAUGUGUCUGGUCCCAGGAGACUGUGGUCACCCAACCCAGUGUCACAGUCACAGCAUCCACUUCACCAGCCCAUAGUUCUGUGGAUGUAAACACCCCAAGGCUCCACAACGCUACCUCUCUCCCAAGGCUCCUAGACUCUGAACCUCUCAAUACCUCUGCCCACUCUGAGAGCCCACUUCUUCCAGAGGCCAAGCCUGGAGUCACUGGCAGUGUCACCUCCCUCCUGGAGCCCACCUCUGAUGCACUCAGUCUGGUCCAGGCCAGCCCUGGACACUGGGGGGAGCAUGGGGUGCCAGCUGGGGUGCAGCCCCCAACUCCCCUGGAGCUGAGCAGUGUGGAAACCAUUGUACAUAGACUGCAGACUGCCUUCCAAGAAGCCCUGGACCUUUACCGCCUGGUAGCCCCCAGUGACCAGGAAAACAGCGAGCAGCGACAGGCACGGAACAAGCUGACUUCCACCUUCCUUUGGAUCCACAGCCAGUUAGAGACCAGUGACUGGCUCAAUAGAACAGAUAUGACCCUAGCCCAGGCUCUGCCAAGUCCAGGUCCCCCCUCCCCACCUACAUUGUGCCCCCUGGCCAGCCCAGACUUGCGUGCCCUGUUGGAACAUUAUUCGGAGCUACUGGUGCAGGCUGUGCGGAGGAAGGCGCGGGGCGACUGAGGGCCAGAGCCCUCAUCCACAUCAGCCCAGCUGCUUCUGAAGAAAUAAGUAUUUUACGCAAAUAAAUUAGCAGAGUAGUU